UGGGUCUCUACCAAGCUUCCACUAAGUAUCUCCACACCAAUCAUCACUACUAUCAUGCCUCCAACAACUAAGAGCCUUAUUCCACUAUCACCCAAGAGCCUGCCGAAGACCCUGUGUUUGACUGAGGACUGCUCCGCCAAGCCACCCACUAAGAUGUCCAGUAUUCCCGUGUUCACUGUUCCUCCUGGCUGGACCACAGAUCGCGCCGAUGACUUCUACGCAGACUGGGAGGAUACCAACGCAAGAGGUCAGACUGUCGCGCACGCUUACGGUCUUGGUCCAGGACAACCGAUUAUGGAGGAUGACGACGGCCUGACACAGAUCUUUCUGUCUGGUAAUAAGUUCUAUCUGUGGGAUGAGAUGAAUGAUGAAAUCUACGAGAUAGUCACUCAGGAUAUCCGUGAGAUCGCUGAUGUUCUGGGGUAUGGAGGACAAGGUGGACUAAACAAAAGGCCCUUAGAUCAAGUCGGCGAGCUUGCUCGUUAGGUUCAAAUAACGACAUAACUGAAUCGUAUCUUAUAUCAAUACUUUAC